AUGUUACCUCCAGCACCCGGGCCUGCUGUCACUCAUCCCGCCUCUGACCAAUCAGAGCGAGCCGCUGCUCCUUGGCCCCGCCCCCCGGGGUUCCCUCCCCGCAGAGCAGCGGGGGGUUCGGUCGGAGGGGACGGGACGGCUCUCCUCCUUUCCGCCGCUCCCCCCGCGCGAGUGCGGCCGCUCCUCUCUGGUUCUCAGAGCCUCCUGGGCGCGGACAUGGACGGAGGAGCGAUGCUGGCUGCGGCGGUGCUGUGCUGGAGCUGCGGGGUGGUCGGUGCCGUCCACCGGAGCGACCUGUUCCCCUUCGGAACCCCGAGCGGGGACGUGGUUUUACCGGAGGGCGACGACGAGACGUCCAAAGUGCUGAACCUGCCCAAACCCCUGUACUUUUACGACUCCGCUGUCUCCCAGCUGUAUGUGGCCACCAAUGGCAUCAUAUCGGCUCAGGACCUGCCAAUGGAAAAGCAAUACGUUGAUGAUGGAUUCCCUACAGAUUUUCCUGUGGUGGCUCCGUUCUUGGCUGACAUCGACACCAGUGGAGGGCGAGGACAGAUUUAUUAUAGAGUGACUGAAACACCCAGCGUACUCAACAGAGUGGCCCAGGAGGUUCAUCGGGGGUUCCCAGAUGCAAAAUUCACACCCACGCAUGCCGUGGUAGCAACAUGGGAAAACGUCGCCGCAUAUGAAGACCAAGCUCAAAAAACGGGGGUUUCAAACAAGUUCAAUACCUUCCAAGCAGUGAUCGGUUACGAUGAGACUGACUCAUACGUCCUCUUCCUUUACCCUGAAGGUGGUCUGAAUUUUUUUGGAACGCGACAUAAGGAGUCAUAUAAUGUCAAGAUUGAGCUUCCUGCAAGAGUUGGCUUCAGUAAAGGAGAAAUUACAUUUUUAUUCUUCUCCCGGACUGAGGGACCAUUCUACAGCGUUACUACUGAUGAAGACAGUGUUAAAAGCUUAUACCAGGUUGGUAAUACUGGGAUUCCUGGUGUUUGGCUUUUCCACACGGGUAGUCGUUACUCCUUCAGCAACAUCGUUCCUGCAUCCAUUGGUGGACUCCUUGCUACCUCACGUCCUGAAGACCUCUCCCCGGAAACCACCACCCCUGAAUAUGAGUUGGAAUACUCAGAUAAUACCUUUGCGGCAGAAACGGAACAAGAAGUGGAUCGCUAUACUCUGACUGAGGUUUCUGAUCACCAGGUGUCAGACAACAGGGAAGAUGUGCCAGAACCCAGGCUUAGUCCAGAGCCAGCAGAGAGGGAAUACGCCCCACCCGAUCCUCCACAGACGGCUCAAAAGGGACGCGCCGGACAUCCCCAGGAACAGCAACCACAGCUUCCACUAGAUGAGGCGGAUGUGUACCCCCCUGAGAGACAAAACACACCCCUGUCCCCUGGAGUCCACGUGGUCAGUGUGGACGAAGACGUUGACUUGGACUCAGGAGUGAUUCAGUACACCACAGAGAACAAAGAAACAUGUGCUGGAUUCCAGCAGCAGUGUUCCCAGAAUGCAUUUUGCUCUGACUACGCCACAGGAUUUUGCUGUCACUGUCGCCCAGGCUUCUACGGAAAUGGGCGCCAAUGUUUACCUGAUGGCGCUCCUCAGCGAGUUAGCGGGAAGGUGAGCGGUACGGUGACUGUGGGAUUGAUUCCAGUGAAGCUGAACAACAUUGAUCUUCACGCGUACAUCGUGGUUGGAGAUGGAAGAGCGUACACUGCCAUCAGUGAGGUUCCCGAACCUUUGGGCUGGGCCCUGAUGCCAGUUUCGCCAAUCGGAGAACUUUUCGGAUGGCUCUUUGCGCUGGAGAUUCCCAACAGCCAAGCAGGAUUUAAAGUCACAGGUGCUGAGUUCAGUCGUCAUGCCGAGGUGCUGUUUCACCCUGGAAACCACCGCCUGUCAAUUGUGCAAACUGGCCGUGGCCUUGACGAACACAACCACCUCAGCGUGGAUACUGUCGUCAAUGGAAACGUGCCAUUGCUGCCACCUGGAGCUGAAGUUACCAUGGAGCCCUUCAAGGAGAUCUACCAGUACUACCCAUCGGUCGUCACCUCCACCUCAGUGAGGGAGUUUACGGUCGUUUCAGCAGAGCGAGGCUCAGAGUCCUACACCUUCCAAAUGAAACAGAACAUCACCUACCGCGACUGUCACCACGACAACCAUGCCAGCAUCCCAGAGACUUUGCAGAUCACCAUGGAGAGGGUGUUCGUGAUGUACGUAAAGGAGGAGCGGAUACUGAGAUAUGCUGUCACCAAUAAGAUCAGCCCGGUUGGAGCUGAUUCUUCAGAGGACGAACUGGUCAACCCCUGCUACUCUGGGAACCACGAUUGUGACACCACAGCCCAGUGCAUCCCACAGGAGGGCCAGACCUUCCGGUGCCAGUGUGCUACUGGCUAUAGAGGAGAUGGACGCAACUGUUACGACGUCGAUGAGUGCGCUGAGGGUCUGAGCUCAUGUGGUGAGAACUCACAGUGUCUGAACCUUCCUGGUAGCCACCGCUGCCAGUGCCAGAGGGGUUUCGAGUUUGUAUACGACAGGCGUACCUGUAUUGACAUUGAUGAGUGCAGUUCCUCUCCGUGUCACGUCAAUGGUAGAUGUGUGAAUGAACUGGGAUCCUUCCACUGCCAGUGCCAGCCUGGGUUUCAUGGUGAUGGCUUCUACUGCUCUGAACUAACAGGUCGCCCAAAGAGCCAGUGUGAGCAGCACAGAGACAGCCUGCAGAGUGGCGGACCUGAUGGAUUCCCAAGUGUUGGAGCCUACGUUCCUCAGUGCGAUUCUGAUGGGCAGUACCGAUCACAGCAGUGCCACACCUCUACAGGAUAUUGCUGGUGUGUGGAUAGUAGGGGACAGGAAAGACCAGGAACCAGGACUCCACCUGGUAAAGAGCCUCAAGACUGUGAUACAACAGAUGAACCAGGCCAUCCUAAGACUCAGUGUGAACACCACAGAGACAGUGUUCAGACCACCAGUCCAGAUGGACACCAUCUUGAUGGAGCCUAUGUUCCUCAGUGUGAUGAACAUGGACAGUAUCAACCACAGCAGUGCCAUGGUUCUACUGGACAUUGUUGGUGUGUGGAUGGUCGGGGACAGGAGAGACCAGGAACCAGGACGCCACCUGGUAAACCACAUGCAGACUGUAGCAGAGCAGACGAGUCAGAAAGACUUAAGACUCAGUGUGAGCACCACAGGGACAGCGUUCAGACCACCAGUCCAGAUGGACGUCAUCCUGUUGGAGCAUAUGUUCCUCAGUGUGAUGGAGAAGGACUGUACACACCACUGCAGUGUCAUGGUUCUACUGGGUACUGCUGGUGUGUGGACAGUAGGGGACAGGAGAGACCAGGAACCAGGACUCCACCUGGAACACCACCUGUAGACUGUGAAGAACCAGCUCGUCCAAAGACUCAGUGUGAGCACCACAGGGACAGCGUUCCUACGGAUGAAGGACAUCCUCAUGUUGGAGCCUUUGUUCCUCGGUGUGAUGAGCAUGGACAGUAUCAACCACAGCAGUGCCAUGGUUCUACUGGACAUUGUUGGUGUGUGGACAGUAGGGGACAGGAGCGACCAGGAACUAGGACGCCACCUGGUACACCUUAUGUAGACUGCAGCAGAGCAGAAGAGCCAGAACGUCCUAAGACUCAAUGUGAGCACCACAGGAACAGUGUUCAGACCACCAGUCCAGAUGGACACCAUCUUGUUGGAGCCUAUGUUCCUCAGUGUGAUGAACAUGGACAGUAUCAACAUGAGCAUCCAGGUCCUAAGACUCAGUGUGAGCACCACAGGGAUGGUGUUCAGACCUCCAGUCCAGAUGGACAUCCUCUUGUUGGAGCGUAUGUUCCUCAGUGUGAUGAACAUGGACAGUAUCAACCACAGCAGUGCCAUCGUUCUACUGGACAUUGUUGGUGUGUGGACGGUAGGGGACAGGAGAGACCAGGAACUAGGACUCCACCUGGUACACCGCGUGUAGACUGUAGCAGAACAGAUGAGCAUCCACAUCCUAAGACUGAGUGUGAGCACCACAGGGAUGGUGUUCAGACCUCCAGUCCAGAUGGGCAUCCUCUUGUUGGAGCGUAUGUUCCUCAGUGUGAUGAACAUGGACAGUAUCAACCACAGCAGUGCCAUGGUUCUACUGGACAUUGUUGGUGUGUGGACAGUAGAGGACAGGAGAGAUCAGGAACUAGGACUCCACCUGGUAAACCACACGUAGACUGCAGCAGAGCAGCUCAACCAGAACAUACAAAAACUUCCUGUGAACGCCACAAGGAAAGAGCACAGGCGACCAUUUCAGGUGGACAUCCUGUAGCUGGAGCUUAUGUGCCCCAGUGUGAUGCUGAUGGACACUACAUACCACUACAGUGCUACAGCACCACUGGACACUGUUGGUGUGUUGACCAGAAUGGACAGGAGAGACCAGGAACCAGGACUCCACCUGGUACACCACCAAAAGACUGUGAUAAAUCAGAUCGUCCAAAGACUCAAUGUGAGCACCACAGAGACAGCGUUCAGACCACCAGUCCAGAUGGGCGUCCUCUGCGGGGAGUCUAUGUUCCUCAGUGUGAUGAACAUGGACAGUAUCAUUCACAGCAGUGCCAUGGCUCCACUGGACAUUGUUGGUGUGUGGACAGCAUUGGUCAAGAAAGACCAGGAACCAGGACUCCACCUGGAACGCCACAUGUAGACUGUGAAAAUCCAGAGCCCAGAGUUCCUACCAGCCGCCCCGAGAGCGUGUGCGAGCGGUGGAGGGCCAGUUUGAUCGAACAUUACGGUGGGAAACCGGAUCCGCAGCAGUAUUUGCCUCAGUGCGAGCCAGACGGAGAGUUCAGUCCGGUCCAGUGUUAUGGAGAGACCACUUACUGUUGGUGUGUAGACCAGGACGGGCGGGAAGUCUCCGGUACUCGAUCACAUGACGUCGUCAAACCUGCAUGCCUCCCGUCAGUGACUCCACCCACUGCUCGUCCUUUGCCCCGACCAGAUGUCACCCCUCCACCUAACACUGAUGUGACCCUACUCUACGCUCAGGGGCAGAAAAUAGGAGCGCUGCCUCUCAAUGGGACCAGAAUGGACGCUUCCCGGUCCAAAACACUGUUGACUCUACACGGUUCCAUCGUUGUGGGCAUUGCCUACGACUGCAAAGAAAAUCAAGUCUAUUGGACGGAUUUGUCUGCGAGAACAAUCAACAGAGCUUUGAUGGUAUCUGGAGCUGAGCCUGAGAUACUCAUCAACUCAAAUCUCGUCAGUCCAGAAGGUCUGGCAGUAGAUGUCAAACGCAGGUUGAUGUUCUGGGUCGACUCCUCCCCCGACGUGAUCGAAAGUGCCAACUUGGACGGCAGCGAGAGGCGGAUUCUGUUCAACACCGACUUGGUCAACCCCCGAGCCAUCAUAGUGGUUUCAUCCACUGGGACUCUGUACUGGACCGACUGGAACAGAGAGGCUCCUAAGAUUGAAUGUUCGUCUGUGGAUGGUCUGAACCGCCGGGUGGUGGUGUCUGAUGGCAUCGGUUUGCCAAAUGCUCUGACGUACGACUUUUCCUCUGGACAAAUCUGCUGGGCUGAUGCAGGUACAAAACGUUUGGAGUGCGUCUCUCCAGACGGCUCGGGACGAAAAGUGGUCCACCCGACCCUGAACUACCCCUUCAGCAUGGUUUACUACAAGAACCACUUUUACUACACGGACUGGAGGAGAGACGGUGUGAUCGCGGUGAACAAAGACAGCAGUAAGUUCACCGACGAGUACCUGCCGGAACAACGUUCGCACCUGUACGGCGUCACCAUAGCAACCACCUACUGUCUACCAGCGGAGUAUAACCGCCAUGGGAACGUCCUGCCAUCCCACCGCUCAGGAAGGCGUGCUGUGUUCCUGAGUUGA